AGCAAGGAAAGAUGGCCACUUCUUCAUUGAUGAGAGGUGCAACAAAGGUAGCACCACAUGCAAGUAUGGUCUUUGUUCAGCUAAUCACAGCCACUUAUUUCGUGCUGAGCAAGGUCAUACUCGUACAAGGAACAAGCUCGACCGUCUUUCUCGUCUAUCAAUUCAUAAUAGCCACAAUCGUUAUGGGUGCAAUGGCAUUCAUCUUUGAAAGUAGGAAUAGGCCUCCUCUCUCGAAAUCUAUCUUGGGUUGGAUUUUUCUACUUGCUUUCGUUGGGAUAACAUUGACCCAAAACCUAUUGGCAGCCUGCUUGUACUACAUCAGCAGCACAAUAGAGACAGCAGUCUUGAACAUGAUUCCCAUCUUUACGUACAUUUUAUCAGUCAUAUCAAGGCAAGAAGAGCUUGAAAUAAAUACAUGGUGGGGAAAGGGGAAGAUCUUUGGGACCAUCUUAUCAGUGGCUGGUGCUUUGACACUUAUGGUGUGGAAAGGGUCAGCUGUGGGCCUGCACACCACCAACUCGGGAGAUUGGGUGCUUGGGCUAGUCAUGGUUGUUGCUGGGACUCUUUCAUUUAGUAUUUGGAUUCUGAUGCUAAGGCCGGUUGCAAGAAAAUACCCAGCUGAGUUUUCCAUGAUCUCGAUUAUGCUAUUCUUUGCAACGAUACAACAAUGUGUAGUUGCAGCCAUUGUAAGCCACAAAGCAUCGGAGUGGGCUCUGAAGUGGGACCUUGAGCUUAUAGACAUCAUCUUCGGUGGGGCACUGAACAGUGGGCUGUCCAACGUCUUAUUUACAUGGUGUGCCAACUUGAAGGGGCCCAUCUUUGUUUCAAUCUUUUCACCCCUCACGUAUGCAUUUGCGGCGAUCCUCGAGACGAUGUUUCUAGGAUACACCUUGCACGUUGGAAGUAUUGUUGGAUCUGUUAUGAUAGUUGUGGGCCUUUACAUAUAUCUAUGGUCCAAAGCCAAGGAAGAAGCGUACCAUUCAAUAGACGGUGGAGAUGAAGCCAUCAUCUCUUCUCUGAUCAUCUCAAAUAACAGUAGCUCAUAAAGCAUUCUGUGCGGAAUGUUAGAUGAUACAUAGACCAACAUCAAGCUUAAAAUGCCAAACAUUUCUGCCCGAUUCAAUGAACAUCUCAUGUGGCCA